AUGUAUAGAGCAACUAUUGGUUGUUUACUUUUAUUAUGUGUUGCAUUGAUAAAUGCACAGUCGGUAAGUUACGACUUUUCCGUGCCAUACGUUGGUGGACAUCAAUUGUCGAUCAAGAAUUCCGGUUCCGGUAAUAUCGUGAUGGCCAAGCUCAUCUUUGAGUCGAACGCCGUCAUCUCUGGAACACCAUAUGGUGACCUCUGGAACAACAAUGCUGCCAUCAGUUCCACCUCCUCUGGAAACGGUGUCACCUACAUCUACACUGUAACCUGGGGUACCUCUGGUUUCACACUCUCCUCCGGUCAAUCUUCAUCGAUGACCUACACAUUCUCCAACAACGGUGGACCACUCCAACCAUUGGGAAUGAACCCAAUCUCUGUCUCUGUCGUUCCAAAGGGUGCUUCCAACCCAAUCACCGCCGGUGUCGAAGGUGCUUGCAAAGGAUCAGCAUGUAACAAUCCAACUCCAGGAUACCGUGUAGUUGGUUAUUACACCGAUUGGGACAUGUAUGAACGUUCAUAUUUACCAUCUGAUUUGCCAAUUGAUAAGAUCAAUGAGGUUAACUAUGCCUUUUUGAACUUUGAUUUGGAUGGAAACUUGGUUUUGUAUGAUACCAAUUCCGACCCACAACAACUCCCACGUCUCUCAUUGUUGAAGCAACAAUACCCAUACUUGAGACUCUACUUGUCUAUCGGUGGUUGGACUUUGUCCAAUGACUUCUCGACUGUCGCUGCCUCCACCAGUGCCACUCAAAACUUUGCCAAACAAUGUGCUGAUGCUUUGAUUCAAACCGGUUUCGAUGGUAUCGAUAUCGAUUGGGAAUAUCCAGUUGUUCGUGAAGGUUCACCAGCCGACGCCAAGAACUUCCCCAACUUCCUCAGCGCCAUCCGUGAAGCCAUCGAUGCCGCCGCUCAAUCCGAGUCACUCCGUACUGGUGCCGCCGUCAAAUACUACUUGUCGUUCGCCGCUUCCGCCGGUAUCGACAAGAUUGAAGCCGUCUCCAAGUUGAAUCCAGGUGCAUGGGCUCAAGUUCAACAAGCUGUUGACUUUGCCAAUGUCAUGGCCUACGAUUUCCACGGUGCCUUUGACGAGCCAAAUCCAUCCGAUUUCUUGGCUCCACUCUACAUCUCACCACACGAUCCAUACAUUGACAACGCCACCAUUGGAAAGUACGACUGUAACGAUGGUAUGAACGAUUGGAUCAACGUCGGUUUCAACAAGUCGCAAUUGGCUUUGGGUAUUCCAUUGUACGGUCGUUCCGUCACCGUUCAAUCGAUGGGUAACACUCACGGUUUGUGGCAACCAAUUACCGGUUGUCCAAGUGGAGAGUUUGACUCCACCGGUUUGUUUGACUACCGUUGUAUCAUUGCCGGUGAAUGCUAUGGUUCACCAUUGCCAGCUGGUACCACCUUGUUGCCAGCCGCUCAAAAUCCAAUUGCCAACUACUCGAUGGAACCAAUCGGUUACAACCCAUCCGGAAAUUUCUUCAUCUCCUACGAUGAUGCUGCAUCUGCUACAAUCAAAGCUACAUUCGUUGUUACCAGAGGUUACAACGGUAUCAUGAUGUGGACUUACUCUGGUGACGUCCCAAUCAACAAUCCAAACUCAAUCAUCAACGCUGUAUACAAAGUAUUCACCAACACCAAUUAA